UAUAGCUAAGAAAAAGCACAAUGGAGUUUUACGAGUCUACCUACUUUAUCGUCCUCAUUCCUUCUGUGGUUAUUACAGUCAUUUUCCUCUUCUUCUGGCUUUUCAUGAAAGAGACUUUAUAUGAUGAAGUCCUUGCAAAACAGAAAAGGGACCUAAAGUUUCCACCUACCAAGACUGAUAAAAAGAAAAUGGAGAAGAAGAAGAACAAGAAGAAAGAAGCUCAGAAUGGGAACAUCCACGAGUCUGACUCUGAAAGUACACCUCGGGACUUUAAGCUCUCUGAUGCCCUGAGUACGGAUGAAGAGCACGUCGCUCCUGUUCCCUUGAGCGUGACUGAAGCAUCUACUGGUGUUAGAGAACGGAAGAAGAAGGAGAAGAAGCAUAAGGCCGUUCAAGAUGACCAUGUAACUAAGGAGUCGGAAGGAUCCAAGUCUUCAGGCAAGAAAGUAGAACCAGUCCCUGUUACAAAACAGCCCACUCCACCAUCUGAAUCAACAGCAUCUAAGAAGAAGCCUGGGCAGAAGAAGCAGAAAAAUGGAAUGGAUGAUCAAGAUACUAAGACUGAUUCUGUUGUAUCCCCUGCCAAAAAGCAAGACCCAGUGCUGCUCCACCAGGAGAUAAAGCAAGAAAAUGUAUCGGGAAAGAAGAAAGUCUCUGCAAAGAAGCAGAAAGCUGAUAAUGUUUUGGUGGAUGAACCUCUUAUUCAAGCAACUACUUAUAUUCCUUUGAUGGAUAAUUCUGAUGCUGGCACUUUGGAAAAGCGAGAAGUGGUUGAAGUAACAAAACAAAACGUGAAUGAGGGGAUCCAGAAGAGCAGUGGCAAGAAACUGAAGAAUGAAACGGAUAAAGAGAAUGCUGAAGUAAAAUUUAAAGACUUUGUAAUGGCCAUGAAGAAUAUGAUCUUCACUGAAGAUGAGGCCCGUUGCAUAGUGGAGGUGUUAAAGGAAAAAUCCAGUGCAAUUCAUGAUGUCUUGCAAAAGGCUAGCAAGGCUGAGUCGGCUGCAGCUGUACAUCAGCUACAAGACAAAGAAAAAAUGCUUGCUGCGAUGAAGGAGGAGGCAGCUGUUGCAAAGGAGCAGUGCAAGCAGCUAACCCAGGAGCUGGUUGCAGAAAAGGAGAGAAACGGCUUGCUCACAGCGAAAAUGCGAGAGCGCAUCAACACGCUGGAAAAGGAGCAUGGCACUUUUCAGAGUAAAAUACAUGUUAGCUACCAAGAAUCUCAGCAGAUGAAGAUAAAGUUCCAGCAACUCCGUGAGCAGAUGGAGGCAGAAAUAAGCCACCUGAAGCAGGAAAACGGUAUCCUGAGAGAUGCUGUCAGUACUUCUACCAAUCAAAUGGAGAGCAAGCAGUCGGCUGAACUGAACAAACUGCGGCAGGAUUAUGCUAGGCUGGUGAAUGAGCUGGGAGAGAAGAGCAGUAAGCUGCAGCAAGAGGAGCUCCAGAAGAAGAAUGCAGAGCAGGCAGUUGCUCAGCUAAAGGUCCAGCAGCAGGAAGCGGAGCGAAGAUGGGAAGAAAUCCAGGCUUAUCUCAGGAAAAGAACAGCAGAACACGAAGCAGCACAACAAGAUGUGCAGAAUAAGCUUGUGGCCAAAGACAAUGAAAUCCAGAGCUUGCACAGUAAACUUACUGAUACAAUGGUGUCAAAACAGCAGCUGGAGCAGAGGAUGUUGCAGUUAAUGGAGGCUGAGCAAAAGAGAGCUACUGCGGAGGACUCCAUGCAAAUGCAGGUGCAGGAGCUGAUAGAGCAGAAUGAUGCUUUGAAUGCUCAGCUUCAGAAGUUUCAUUCACAAAUGGCAGCCCAGACCUCAGCUUCAGUCCUGGCAGAAGAACUACACAAAGUGAUUGCGGAAAAGGACAAACAAAUAAAGCAGAUGGAGGACUCAUUAGGCAACGAACAUGCCAACUUAACCAGCAAGGAGGAAGAGCUCAAGGUCUUACAGAACAUGAACCUAUCCCUGAAAUCAGAAAUACAAAAAUUACAGGCUCUGACAAAUGAACAGGCUGCUGCUGCACAUGAGCUGGAAAGGAUGCAGAAAAGCAUUCACAUCAAAGAUGACAAAAUAAGAACUCUUGAAGAUCAGCUUCGAGAAGAACUUGCUCAGAUUUCAAACACAAAAGAAGAGUUCAAGGUUCUCAAGGAUCAGAACGCAACUCUGCAAGCUGAAGUUCAAAAGCUGCAGACUCUCCUGUCUGAGCAGACAAACAAAGACUUGUUAGAGCAGAUGGAAAGAAGCAUGAGAGAGAGAGAUGAUAAAAUCAAAACAGUUGAAGAGCUGCUUGAGGCAGGACUCAUACAGGUGGCUAAUAAAGAGGAGGAGCUGAAGGCACUGCGAACGGAAAAUUCAUCCUUGAGGAAAGAACUUCAAAGUCUGCAAAUUCAGCAAUCAGAGCAGGUUUCCUUCCAGUCACUGGUGGAAGAACUCCAGAAAGUGAUCCAUGAGAAGGAUGGAAAAAUAAAAUUGGUGGAAGAACUCCUACAAGCUGAGAUCCUUAAAGUAGCAAGCAAGGAGAAGACUGUUCAGGCUUUGACACAGGAAAUAGAGGCUCUGAAAGAAGAAGUAGGAAAUUCCAAGCUUGAGAUGGAAAAACAGGUGUCGAUUACAUCACAAGUCAAAGAACUUCAGACUCUGUUGAAGGGGAAGGAAAAGCAGGUGAAAACCAUGGAGGCCUUAUUGGAAGAGAAGGAGAAAGAGAUUGUUAAGAAAGGAGAAUGGCUGCAGGAUCAGAAAGAUACAAUUGCACAAUUAAGCAGUAAAGUUCAGGAGUUAGAACAACAGAACCUGCAACAGCUCCAACAGGUACCUGCUGCAUCCCAAGUCCAGGACCUGGAAAGCCUGUUGAAAGGGGAAGAAGAAGAAAUGAAGAAGUUGAAAGCUGUAGUGGAAGAAAAAGAGAGAGAAAUUGCAAGCCAAAUAAAACAGUUGCAGGAUGUGCAAAAGGAAAACGAUUCUUUUAAAGUUCAAAUCCAAGAAUUAAAGCAGGAGAAUUGCAAACAGGCAUCUCUGGCUGUCCAAAGUGAGGAGCUUCUGCAAGACCUUCGGGAGAAAAACUGGAAAGCAAUGGAAGCAUUGGCAUCAACUGAAAAAUUGCUGCAGGACAAAGUGAACAAGACUGCCAAGGAGAAGCAGCAGUAUUUGGAAGCUGCCGAGGUGGAGACGCGCGAACUACUCCAGAAGCUGUUCCCUAAAGUCUCUCUUCCUUCUAACGUGAGCCAUAGUGAAUGGAUAUGUGGGUUUGAAAAGAUGGCUAAAGAGUACUUGAGAGAGGCUUCAGGAUCUGAAGAUGUCAAGGCGAUGGAGCAGAAGUUGAAGGAGGCCGAGGAAAUGCAUGUACUGCUGCAACUAGAGUGCGAGAAAUACAAAUCGGUUCUGGCAGAGACGGAGGGGAUUUUACAGAGGCUACAGAGGAGUGUGGAAGAGGAAGAAAGCAAAUGGAAGAUAAAAGUUGAAGAAUCACAGAAGGAACUUACACAGAUGCGUUCUUCGGUUGUUUCCUUGGAGCACGAGGUAGAGAGGUUAAAGGAAGAAAUCAAAGAAGUUGAAACUCUCAAAAAAGAGAGAGAACAUUUGGAAAGUGAACUAGAAAAGGCAGAAAUAGAACGAUCUACUUAUGUUUCAGAAGUCAGAGAGCUCAAAGAUCUGUUGACUGAAUUGCAGAAAAAACUUGAUGAUUCAUAUUCUGAAGCAGUAAGACAGAAUGAAGAGUUAAAUUUGCUGAAGACGCAGCUAAACGAAACACUAUCAAAACUCAAAGUUGAUCAAAACGAGAGACAGAAGGUAGCUGGUGACUUGCCCAAGGCCCAGGAGUCUUUGGCAUCUCUUGAGAGGGAAAUUGGAAAAGUUGUUGGGGAUGCCGACGUUAUUGAAAACAGCGAUGUUUGCACAGAGUCGGAAUUGACUGAUAAAAGACUAAAUGUGGUGGUGAAUCUUAACCAGGAUGUAGGUCAUCUCAAGAAGCUGCUCGUGUCAGUAAGCCAAAUGCUGUCAAAGGGACGAGAACACUACCAGCUAGUAGAAUGAAGUCACGGGGGAAUCGUUAAUUUGAGGAUAGCAGAAGGCAUUGUAUUAUAUUUUGCCAAAUUAAAGCCUUAUUUAUGUUUUCACCCUUUCUACUUCGUCAGAAACACUGAACAGAGUUUUGUCUUUUCUAAUCCUUGCUAGACUACUGAUUUAAAGAAAAAACCCAACUCUGUAGACACCUCCAGAGUUUAGUUUUAUAAUAAAAACAAACCUGUUUGGAUAAUUAGACCUUUACAUUCCUGGAGAGACAGUAAACACAUAAUCUUUUAUCUUAUUUUGCUCAAUAAAACUUGUUCAGAAAACUCCAACGUGGUAAAGUCACCAAUGGGAUAUAACAUUUUAAUACCGAUGUUGUACACUGUUUUACUUAAUUACGUUUUUGGGAUUAGCUGCCUCUGACUUCAACCUCAAGUAAACACUCCUUUUUUUUUUUUUUUUUGGUUGCUAAUGUAAUCAGUUUUUGUAAUGGUGUCAGCAAAUAAAGGGAUGCUAUUAUUCAAGGUG